AAUUAAUUUCUCCCAGAGUCGGUUUUUUUUUCUGAAAUAUCUGAAAAUUUGAAAGUACUUCUAUAUAUAUAUAUAUUUUUAUUGUUUAGUAUAAAAAAGCUCCUAAAAUGGGUGUCCCGAAAUUUUUCCGUUACAUAAGCGAACGCUAUCCAUGUCUCAGCGAACUGGUACGAGAAUAUCAGCUUCCCGAAUUCGACAAUAUGUACUUAGACAUGAACGGAAUUAUCCAUAUGUGCUCCCAUCCCGACGACAACAAUCCCCAUUUCCGCAUAACAGAGGAGAAAAUCUUUGAGGACAUAUUCCACUAUCUGGAGGUGCUGUUCCGGAUGAUCCGGCCUCAAAAAUUAUUUUUCAUGGCGAUCGAUGGGGUCGCUCCUAGGGCCAAGAUGAACCAGCAAAGGGGCAGAAGAUUUAGGACUGCCAAAGAUGCUGAGAAGCAAGAGCUAGAAGCUAAGAAAAAGGGUGAAGUGUUGCCGACCGAAGAUAGGUUCGAUUCAAAUUGUAUUACUCCAGGAACAGUAUUUAUGGCCAGAUUACAUGAACAAUUGAAAUAUUUUUGUGUGGACAAAAUUAGUAAUGAUCCUUUGUGGAAGAAUGUAAAAAUUAUUUUGUCCGGACAUGAGACUCCAGGAGAGGGAGAACAUAAAAUAAUGGACUAUAUAAGAUAUAUAAGGUCUCAACCAGGAUAUGAUCCAAAUACCAGGCAUUGCCUUUAUGGGCUGGACGCAGAUCUCAUUAUGUUAGGACUAUGCACACAUGAACCCCACUUCAGUCUUUUGAGGGAAGAAGUGAAAUUUGGGAAAAAAUCCACGAAAAGACAGUCUGUGCCUGAAGAGAUCACAUUUUUUUUACUACAUCUUUCUCUUAUGAGGGAGUACCUUGAAAUGGAGUUUUCCCCAUUGAAAGAUAAACUUACAAAGUUUGAGUUUGACUUGGAAAAUAUUAUUGAUGACUGGGUUUUAAUGGGAUUUCUGGUGGGUAAUGAUUUUAUUCCACACUUACCCAACUUACAUAUCGCCAAUGGUGCCUUGCCAAUAUUAUAUAAAGCUUAUAUGGAAGUGUUGCCAACUUUGGAUGGAUAUAUUAAUGAAGGAGGCGAAUUAAACCUGUCACGUUUUGAAAAGUUCAUGCAAAAACUGGCCAAUUUCGAUUUGGAAAACUUCGAGGAAAUCAGAGAGGAUUUGGAAUAUAUGAGUGCCAAAACUGGCAGAAAAACGACGGCACAUUCAAAAGUCUCGACCCUAAGAGACCUUGAAGAAUGGGCUUCUAAUGAAAAUGGUACAGAGUAUGAAACUCUGGAACCUGAAGGUAAUGUUGCUCCUAAAACGCGAAAUUCUGACCUAGAAGCUUUGAUUAGGAGCACUGAUGAGUUAGAUGUUGAGUCAGAUUAUGAAUCCGAGGACGACGAGGAGGACUUAGCAUUUAAAAACUAUAAAAAAGAAUACUACAUGAAUAAACUAGAAUAUUCCAAUGUUACACCGGAAGUUUUAAGGGCACAAGCCGAAGGCUACGUGAGAGCGAUCCAGUGGAACUUGCACUACUACUACAACGGUUGUUGUUCCUGGUCUUGGUACUAUCCCCACCAUUACGCCCCGUAUAUUUCCGACAUUAAACACUUCACCGACUUUAAGAUAGAUUUCGACCCGGGCAGGCCUUUUAAACCCUACGAGCAGUUGUUGGCAGUAUUACCGGUGGCGAGUAAGGGGCUGUUACCACAGCCGUACCAUCGUUUAAUGACGGAUGACAGCUCGAUUAUUAGCAAGUAUUACCCCGAGGAGUUCCAAACGGAUAAAAAUGGCAAAAGGCAGGAGUGGGAAGCGGUUGUUUUGAUACCGUUUAUGGACGAGAAACUCCUUUUGGAUGCUAUGAGCCCAUGCAACGAUGAACUCACCCCAGAAGAAGUAAAGAGAAACACUCACGGACCGAUGCUGCAAUACACGCAUACAGAAGAGGAUCGGGGAGAGUACCAGCCGCCUGAUUAUAGAUCUCCUAUAAGACGCACCCGUUGCAAAAUCGAACCGAUCACCAUUGAGAGUUUACAGGUGCCGAAAGAUAAAUUGGUUAAGGGAAAAUACCCGGGGGCGCUCACCGAUAUUUACUAUCCUGGGUUUCCCACUUUAAAGCAUUUGAAAUUCACGUCGGAACUUCAAAAAGGCAAAGUAAAAGUGUUCGAGCAACCCAGUAGAUACGAAAACAUGACGAUAAAGUUGAUUUACGAUGAAAUCGACGAGGAUGACAUUCCCGUAGAGUUGCUUGGUGAGAAUGUGUUUAUCAAUUGGCCUCAUAUGAUAGAAGGCAGGGUGGUUGCGAUAACAAAUAGCAAAAUCCGGUAUAUAAGCAUGGGAGGUUCAAACCAAUAUAACACGGAGGAAAUCACUGAUCGGAGCCUGCUGAGAGCCCAAUCGGCUGGCGUUAUUGAACGGUAUAAAAACCGUUUGGGAAUAGAAGUGGGCCCGGUUAAAAUUUUAUGCCACGUCCAAGUGAUGACCGGAAGAAAAUACGUUUUCUCGCCCAACGGUCGACUUACUCUAGAAAAACAAUUUUCCGAUAUGACGGCCUGCUACCCGCUGCAAACGGUGGUUUCGAACAUCGCAUCGUACGACUCUCAUAUGAGCCUGUUUAGGAACUUGCAAGACGUUUUUCCGGAGGGCGCGACAUGUUUUACUUUAAGUCACCCUUAUUAUGGAGCACAAGGAAUUGUGGUGGACAGUAAAGAAGCCACCAAAACUGGUAGAGUGAAAGUUUGCGUGGCCAUCACCGAAGAACCGAACUUCGACAGUAUUAAAGCCCUCAAAGAAGAAGUUGUGCGUAGUUACAAGACUUUAAAUACCGUUUCUAGUCAAUUAGGCAUGUCUCACUUUAUCUAUAGUCGAAUGACCGGAUCAGUAUUCGUCCAAAUGCCGGACGGCGAGGGAGGUUUUAAGAGUAUCAACGUCGGCCUAGACUUAAAAUUUAAUAGGAAAAAUAAAGAGACACCAGGUUAUACUAAGAAAUUCGCCACCACGUGGUACUAUACGGACAAAUGCACGGACCUCUUGAGAGAGUACGCUGACAAGUUUCCGGAAAUAUUUAUUUAUUUUUCUAGUAAUGGCUUUAAUGACGAUGUAAAAGCGGAGCAGAUUUUUAGUGACGACUGGGACGUAAAAAUGAAGGAGCUACAAGUUUUCCUCAAAACUCUUCCCACAUUCACCCUGGAGCGACAAUCCUGCGACAGCCAAGUGAUGGAGCCCGAGAUAGUGGCGGAAAUCGAAAAAAUCGUGGAUAACCAGCCGAAGAAACCCUCCAAGAAAGUAACCAUGACCAUCAAACCUUCCUUCCUUUACAAGCCGGAACUUCAAAGUGGAACAUUGCCACCGGAUCCAAACACCGAAGUCCUGUUACUAGAUCGUAUCGUAAACACUCGCAAAGGGUUCUCAGUCCCUUUUGGCUUAAAGGGAACCGUUAUAGCAAUCUCAGAGUCGCCAGAAAAAACCAAUCGGGAUACUAUGUACGAUGUAGUUUUCGAUAAACCAUUUAAAGACGGAAUGCAACUAAACUGCUCCCCUGGCAGAGGUUACAGACUGCCCAUAACGGCUUUCAUAAACAUUUCUUACGGACUAAGGGUUUAUCAGGCGAAAACCGGCAAGGACAUCAAAUUAGAACAAAACCAACCGAAAGCGUGGCAAAACACCAACGGGCAAAAGUUUUUUAAUCAGUUCAUGCAACAGCCGACGUACCGUAAAAUACCCGAUCAAUAUUAUUAUCAACAGAGAGGUUUGAAUGCGGGCGAUUCAACUAACAGGGAGUCGGCUUUCGCGUCUUUUGGCCAAGGAAAGAGCGAGGAAACGGCCGGUAAUAACUCACCAAAGAACCUGUUUGAACCUCAGUUUAUGAGGAGGGACGUCGGAAAAAUACCAAACAGGGAAGAGUCUUGGAGAAGCGAGUGCAAACCUGUAGAUUCCCAGCGGUCGCAGGGUGCUGUAAAGAAAAUGGGCGAUUUUAGUGGUAACGAGGAUACGAGAAUAAGAGAUAAUAAUGUGACCGCUAUCAAGCCACAGUUUAUGCGGAGAGCGGAGAAAAAAAACGAGGUUGACAACGGAGUGUCCAAAGAAGUUUGGAGAGAAAUUCCCACUGAAAUUAAGAGAAACACAAGGGAAACUAACAAAAUCCCGCCGAUGCCGAUGAAAGUAGAUACAGAUUUCCUAAAUAAACUCCUAAAAGUCGGUAGUACCGAGGAGCAAAACAAAAAUGACGUUAGUGGUACGACUUCAAAGGUCGAACCGCCCGCACCCCAAAUCUCGAAGAUUGAACCGGAGGGCGCUAAUGUCUCCUUUGAGAUGCUCGCUAAAAAAGUAGCCGAAACCUCCGCGAAUAUACAACUGCUGACCUACUUCCAAGCGAACGGUCUCGGGGUUCCCAGAUAUAGUUAUUCCAAAACUGCCGACAAUAAAUACAAGGCUCAACUCACCCUGCCUAGUGGCGAAAUAUUCUAUUCGGAUUCGGCAGAUACCAAAGAGGAAGCAACCGAGAAAGCGGCGGCGGAAGUCUUAAGGCUUCUCAUGAAAAGGGCAUCUAACCCCCCUUCUCUCCAACCGUCCGAGAACGUCCCAAAGGCUGUUUUACACAAUCCGUUUGUACCUACCCAAGUGCUGAAGAGACAGGCGAGCAAAACAAGCGAUUGUAAUAGCAGUAGCGGUAGUUCGGCCCCCAACGUAACUGGCCACUCUCAAAACAAAGCUGGAGAAGCAAAAGAGACGAAAAAUCAGCAAAAGCGAACCCACCAGAAGCCUCAGCAGAAAAAGUGGCGGAUAGCCGCGAAUUUUAACAUGAAGUGAGCGUCUAAUGUAUUUUUAAGUGUAAAAUGGUUUUUAUAAAAAAGAAUGAUUUUGUUUUUCUUUUUCAAUUUAUUUCAAACGUACAUGUUACAAGGUACUUGUUUUUAUGAUCAAUAAAGUAUUUUUGUAUUGUU